AUGCCUGAUGAAGAUUUAAUGCAAGCUGAAUGGGAAAAGCAUGGUUCAUGCUAUUAUAAGACAGCAACAGAUUAUUUUAAAGCGAUUGAAUAUCUUUUUAAUCAAUUGAAGAUACCUAAUAUUCGUGCUUUGAACCAGCCAACAUUGUCAUCAAUUAAAAAUGCUUUUCUUACAUUAAAUUCACCUCAAUUAUUUUCUUCAGCCAUACAGGUUUAUAUGAAAAAAGGAGGUCAAUUACAAGAAAUUCGACUCUGUUAUGAUCUUCAAUACAACUUCAUUGAUUGUACACAAUAA